UUUCUUGAGUAACUCCAUCGUUAGAUUGUGGACUGACAAACCUUCAAGAAUGUGAAGAGUUGCAUAAAUUAUAUACAGCCACUUACACAGCGUUUACUUGGGCACCACUGGUGAAAAGCAGGCACAAGGCAGACGGUCCUGGUUAUUCAAGUCGUGGGUUGUCGACGUAUUCAUUGCUUGAUUCGAUAGCAUAAUGAAUACGAGUGAGUGGAUAGGUUUGCACAGUUUUGCGAUUGUCGGACUUGCAUUGAAACUGCUACUUGUUGAGACGUCAUGUUGAUGUAGAUGGUGGGUCACACAUGGUCUGAGGAUUUGCGCCAGGAAUUGAGCUAGGUUUGAAGAGAGGUUGACGUUGGUUUUGAGGUUUUUGGGGUUAGGCCUUAUUGUGAUAUGGAUGGGUGAUUUGGAACGAACUGAGUGUGUAGGAUGACCUACCCCAUGCUCUGCAGUGGGUUUUGUGAAAGUUGACUAGAGAUAGUUUUGAUGUGUGCCGAUUUUUAUCGGAAAGGUGUCGCAAAUUGGGAGGGAGUGGAAGUUUCGUGAAUGCAAUGUUUGUGCCAGAUCGGUCGUCAGCGUGAACCCUGCGUCUCUUUUCAAGAAGAUCUCAAGUUUUUAGGGCACAUGUUUCGUCUUCUCCGUCUUCUCCGUCUCCUCUACUGUAUCGAAGGAUAGUAUCUCGUAUCGACUGGAUUGGUGCAGGUUGUCUUCCCCUACUUCGUCUCUCUGGGGAUUAGGGGUGACAGAUUACACGCGUGGCCUAGUGAGGGUACUUGGUCUUAGUUGAUGUGUCUAAAGGCCAAUGGUAUUCCAACCCGAAUCAACUUCAAUUUUUCGUAUUUCAUGUCUCUUAUUGAUGCAAGGGACCUCCACCCUCAGGGCUGUGUAAAUGCGACGCGCACCUGUGGCAAUAGCUUGAAUAGGGUGAUCCUAAUUAAUUCCGUGACUACAGAUUUUGCCUGUCGAUAGAGCUCACAGGUGGUUCUGAAAAUUUAGCUCCUGCUGUAAGCUUUAUUUUAAUUUCAAUGGAGGGAACAUCAGAGAACAGUCCUGUCGUGGAGAAACCAGAAACGAACGAGAGAACUGAAGGCAAUGUGAAAGUGGCAAAGAAUCCCGGGAAUUCAGCAGUACUUCACAAGAAGAAUAGCAUGGUGCGUGCAGAUCUUGUCAACCUUGCGGACUUAGAUACUGCUCUAAACAGAGUUCAUAAUAAGCUACCUAAUUCCAUAGAAACAGCUAGUGCAGAGCCUCCUGCUCCUCCAGAAGAAUGGGAAAUAAAUCCUCGAGAGAUCACUUUGAAGCAUAUGAUUGCGCGUGGCACCUUUGGGACUGUCCACAAAGGAGUGUACAAAGGUCAGGAUGUCGCAGUUAAGCUACUUGAGUGGGGCGAGGAGAAUACCAUGAAGAAAACAGAGGUUCAAUACUACAGAAACCAAUUCAGACAAGAGGUUGCUGUGUGGCAUAAACUCGACCACCCUAAUGUCACGAAGUUCAUCGGAGCCUCGAUGGGGAACUCAGAUUUGCGGAUUCCCUCAGCCGUGGAUGGUGAUGAUGGAUUCCAUCAUGUGCCGAACAAUGCUUGUUGUGUUGUCGUUGAGUACCUUGCAGGCGGGACUCUUAAAGAUCAUCUCAUUCGCAGCCGGCGGAAAAAACUCUCGUACAAGGUGGUCGUGCAAUUAGCCUUGGAUGUUUCUAGAGGGCUUGCAUACCUCCAUUCUCAGAAGAUCGCUCAUCGUGAUGUGAAGACAGAGAACAUGUUGCUCGAUAAACAGAUGAGGGUCAAAAUUGCAGAUUUCGGAGUUGCACGAGUGGAGGCAUCCAAUCCCAAGGACAUGACUGGUGAUACUGGUACCCCAGGAUACAUGGCUCCGGAGAUUCUCGACGGCAAGCCCUACAACAAGAAGUGCGAUGUGUACAGCUUCGGGAUCUGUUUGUGGGAAGUUUAUUGCUGCGACAUGCCGUACUUGGACCUCUCCUUUGCGGACAUGACAUCGGCAGUUGUGCAUCAGAAUUUGAGACCCGAGGUGCCCAAGUGCUGCCCUCAGGGACUCGCGGAUAUCAUGAGGCAGUGUUGGGAUGCAAAUCCUGAGAAACGGCCUGCCAUGGCUGAUGUGGUGCAGAUGCUGGAGGCUCUAGACACCUCCAAAGGUGGAGGUAUGAUACCAACAGACGCCCAGCCGCAUGGGUGUCUCUGUUUUGGGAGAUUCAAGGGCCCAUAGCACGUUUUUGGUUUUUUUUUUCCUUAAUUGUGGUUUUACAUUUUAUUUAUAUUUUUCCCUUUUUUAAUGUAGGGAUGACAUGAUAAUAAGUGUGCAAACAUUUUGUUGUCUCCCCUGGUUUCGUUUCAAGCGUAGCUGCUUGACUUGCAAUUUCAGAAACCUGGUGCAGAACCCUAUUGAGUAUGCACUGGAAAGGAAGUUUCUGUCCAAAACGUUUAGCAUUCAGCAAUCAUCAUUCUAACAGUAUUGAAGCUGGUACCUUUUUGUUAAUUCACGAGUGACAAUUCUCUUGUGUACAAGACUAGAUUCUGUUGUGAGUGUUGUGUUGUGUAUGUUUUCGUAGAUUGUGUAGUCUUAGCACGCAGCAGAUGUUACCACAGGACACGGUUAAAGGCUCGCUAAACAAUAGCUCUUCAGUUUACUGGCUGCAAUUUCAGUUAACAAUACUGUGCUUUGCCAUUUGAACACUUA